UGACUUGUUUACAAACAAACAAAUGCGAUUCGAUUCAUAAUUUUCGUGUUUAAUAUAAUUUGCUGACAUUCAGUGAACUGUUCAAAGCUGUUUUUUGAAAAAAGUUUUUGUCUUUUAUAAGUUUCAACUAAAAAAAAGAAUUCAAAAUGAGUGAUGUAUUAGAUAUAUUGGACAUAGAGCGUCCACAAACUCCUGACCUUAGCAGAGAAAGCAUAAUGGGAAAUGAUAGAAAGAAAAAGAAGAAACUCAGUGAAGCAACUUUUAAACGUCCAGAAGGAAUGCAUAGAGAGUUAUAUGCUCUUCUUUAUUCAGAUAACAAAGAUAAUCCUCCUGUAUUCAUUACUGAUAAUGGACAAGGUUAUAAACAAAACAAGGCCAAAUUGGGUCUGAAACGAGUUCGUCCUUGGAAAUGGAUGCCAUUCAAUAAUCCUGGCAGAAAGGAUGGAGCAGUAUUUUACCACUGGAGACGUGUUGAAGAUGAAGGUGAAGAAUAUGCAUUUGCAAAGUUUAAUAAAUCUGUCUCGAUUCCAGAAUACACAGAUGAUGAAUACGUUCAGCAUCUUCAGCGGGAAGGCUGGACCCGACUGGAAACAGAUCAUUUAUUUGAUUUGUGCCAGAGGUUUGACUUGCGAUUCAUUGUAAUACAAGACAGGUGGGACAGAACUCGGUUCUCAAACAGAAGUGUUGAAGAUCUCAAAGAACGUUAUUAUAACAUUUGCAAUACCCUUGCCAAAGUUCGGGCAGUUGGAAGUGUGGAGCCAAAAUUAAUUGCCUAUGAUGCUGAUCAUGAAAGAAGAAGGAAAGAACAACUUAUUAAAUUAUAUGAUCGAACACCAGAACAGGUGGAAGAAGAACAAACUCUCUUAAAUGAACUAAGAAAAAUAGAACUUCGUAAGAAGGAAAGAGAAAAGAAAACCCAAGACUUGCAGAAGCUUAUUACUGCAGCUGACAGCAGUCAAGGAGAAACUAAGCGUCUUGAAAAGAAAGGACCGAAGAAGAAGGUUGUUCAACAAAAAAAUAUUAAAGCAGAAAAUGCUAGUGUUGAUUCGGCUGGAAUCAAGUUUGCUGAUUUUAAGGGAAGUGGAGCCACAGUUCGAAGUCAAAGGAUGAAAUUACCUGCUUCUGUGGGACAAAAGAAAGCUAAAGCUAUUGAGCAGUUGCUUAAAGAGCUUGAUUUAGAAACAAAUCCUAUACCUACAGAAGAAAUAUGCACAAAUUUUAAUGAACUGCGCAGUGAUAUGGUUCUGCUGUAUGAACUGAAAUUAGCUUUAGUUAAUUGUGAAUUUGAACUUCAGACAUUACGACAUCAGAGUGAAUCUAUAGCAUUAGAAAAGAAAAAAGAUCACCAUGAAAUUGUUUCAAGUUUUAUGGGAGGGCCUCAGAGAAUAAAAACUGAAUAAUGUGUCUUGAAUCACUGUAGAAGUAAUGUAUUUCAAAAAAUAAGAGAAAUUCCACUUUUGUUUUCAACUAGCUAUUCUUGCCUGUAACAGAUCAAACGGUUUCAUAAUGUUUGAAUUAUCAUUGCAUAUUUACUUUCCCUGUAUUUGUAUGUAAAAUAUGUACAUAAAAAUUGUUUA